GAAAAUUACGUAAUCUCACAUAAACAUUGCUUCUGCAAGGUAAAAUCGUGUCAAUCAUGGGAGUGGCUCCAUCUUCCGUAAGUGCAAAAUCUGCUGUUUCUGUCAGCAAUACAACUGUUGUUGAAGAAAGUGUUCAGAACAAAAACAGUACAUCAGAAAAAUCAGGAUGUCCUUACAAGCAUGAUCAAGCACCACCUACUACCGCUGUCAGUGAAUGCCCUGUCACUGGAGCUAAAAUUGGGGACGACAUAAAUCCAUAUAACAUGAUGCCUCCCAUGAACCAGAACCCUGCUCCGGAUCAGCCCUUUCCUUUGUCCAAAGACCGGGAGAAGUCCACUAUUCCGAAAGCCGGUGAAGAGAAUGAAGUAUGGGUCUAUCCAUCUCAGCAGAUGUUUUGGAAUGCCAUGCUGAGGAAAGGUUGGCGGUGGAAAGAAUCUGAUCUUUCAUCCAAUGACAUGGCUCAUAUUAUACGCAUUCAUAAUGUGAACAAUGAAGAGGCGUGGAACGAGGUCUUGAAAUGGGAAGCCUUGCAUGCCAAAGAAUGCUGUACUCCAAAAUUGAAGAAGUUUGGUGGAAAAGCACAAGAAUAUUCUCCUAGAGCAAGACUUAGGAAUCUAUUAGGCUACGAGUUGCCGUUUGAUCGCCACGAUUGGAUUGUCGACCGGUGUGGUAAAGAAGUGCGAUACAUCAUUGACUACUAUGAUGGAGGCCAAGUAAAUGUUGAAAAUGGAAAGUUUGCAAUAUUAGACGUACGUCCAGCAUUUGACUCCUUCGGUGCUAUGUGGGAUAGAAUGAAAGUUGCAGUAUGGAGAUGGACAGCAACUGAUUCUGAUUCUUGACAAAUUUAAAAAUUAUACAUAUAGCAUGAUUUGCACAUUUGUAGAUUUAAAAGUAGAUUAACCAAAGAUUUUAUUUGCUAUUAAAUAGUUAUUAUAGCAACAGAAAUAGCGUUAUAUUAUCAAUUUGUUUUAAACUUAGACAAUCUUAUUGAAGUUGACCUAGUAAAUUAUGUUUCUGUCAUGUUAAAGUAUGUUAAAAUGCUCAACUAAAUCUUAAGUGUAUUUGCUUAAUACAUUGUCUUGAUAUUUAUUAAUAUUCUCUCAUUCAUAUCUAAUAUUUUCUUGCCAAGUUAACCAUAAUUUAAAAGUAUAAUAUCACUUAUUAAUUCAAGACAGCCAUUUCUUGAAUGUAUUCAGUACCUGAAUGAAACUAAAUUUCUGUUUUGCAUGGCUCAUUCAUAAAAUUGUCUUUGGAAGAAGAAUGUAUAUUUGUUCAUACUGUAAAUAAAGUUAUAAGUAACAAGCAAA